AUGGAUCUCCGUCAUCGGCUAGAACGGAGGAGGGGAAGGAGGACUCCAGAAAUAGAAAACACCCAAGAAAUCGUAGCGAAAAACAAGGACCCUUGGGAGAAACGGUUCGCAGAGCUCAACGACAAAUUCCUAGCUUUAGAAAAGAAACAACAGCCGACGUCAGUUCCCACCGCUGUUCAGAUACAGACGGCGACGGAUGUCAUGAUGUACCGAGGAUUCUCAAUCACGCUCACGGGCUCCGCUUGGAGUUGGCAUCGGCAGCUCAAGCCAAAUUCCAUUAGUUCCUUCACAAAGUUGAGUUGGCUAUUCCUUACCCAAUUCAUAAGUGGUAAGAGAAGUCGAAAGCCCAACACUCACCUAUUUGCUAUCAAGCAAGAGCUGAAGGAGUCAUUGAAAGAUUACAUCGCUCGCUUUAAUGAGAAAGCACUAAAGAACCCACCAAAGACGUUAGCAGAACUCUUUGUCAGAGCUCAGAAAUACACUAACGCCGAAGAAUUCUCCAAUGCCCGCAAAAAUGUUCAAGUGACAAAGUCGAAUGGUAAAGGGAAGAGGCUUAGGAAUGAGGAAUCCCAGCUGUCCAACAAAUGGCCUGAUGACCGCGCCCCUCGCAAUCGUCGCCCAAGUAGAAGGCUGGAGGAAAAACAUCCGAGGAGAAAAGCUGCUGAAUUGGCCCGUUUUGUGAGGGCCGACCCGGAUCAUCAAGACAAGCGUAAGUACUGCCGCUUUAACCGAGAUCACGGCCAUAACACGAUUGACUAUGUAGAUCUCAAAGGUGAGAUUAAGACCCUUAUUCGAAAGGGACAUCUACGCCGAUACACCAAAGAAGGAAAAACUGCUCAAAAAGAAGCGCGGGAGCAGCAGAAUAACCCCCCGGAAGAGCCAGCUGAAAUCCACACCAUUUUUGGGGGUUCAUCCGAUGAGGGAGAUUCGAAUAGGGCUCGGAAAGCCCACUCUCGGAAGCCUGAUUAG